GUUCAACUUUACUGUGCAGAUAUGGGGAAGGGUACAGACAAGCUAUACAUUACCCACUCCGAGUGGUCUUCUGAAGACGCCUACGGCACCAGCCGGGGCACCAACGCAGGAAAACCGGGCGCUGUUGACUCGACGUUCAGACGCCUCCCUUUCAACUACUGCGCUGUUUCCCUUCAGCCCUUCACAGACCCCGUAUGCACGGCGGAUGGUACCAUAUUUGAUUUAACACACAUCCUCACGUGGCUACAAAAACACCCCACGAAUCCCGUUGAUGGCACGCCCCUGAAGCGCGCCGAUCUCAUCGAGCUCCAUUUCGCGAAGAACGAGGACAACGAAUAUGUUGAUCCAGUUACAUACAAGGUCUUCACAGACAACACACAUCUUAUUGCUCUGCGGAAUACGGGGAAUGUAUUUACGUGGGAUACGAUCGAGCGGUUGAACAUUAAAGCGAAGAACUGGAAGGAUUUAGUGAGUGACCAAGACUUCACGCGCAAGGAUGUCAUCACACUACAGGACCCGCAGAACCCGGAGUCGAGGAACUUUGGCGCAUAUAAGCAUAUCAAAGAUGGCGAGACAACAAUCCCCGAUGCGGAGGCCAGCGUGAAUACAGAUGCCCUUGGGAAUGCUGGGAAGAUUUUGAAGGCUAAAGAGGCAGUUGCGAAGGCAAGAGCAGAGCGAGAAGCAAAAUCAAAAGGAUUUCAAUCGUCAAAGGCCAUGGUUGCAAGAAAUAGCUCUGGAACUAAAGGACCUGUUUCAUCUACUUUGAAACCCUCACCAUACAAUGCCGCAAUCUAUACAUCUGGAAAAGCGGCAGCAUCAUUCACGAGUACAGGCGUGACCCCACAUACUUCUGGAGAGCGUGCUGUGCUAUCCGAGGAAGAGUAUAUGCUGAAACCCAAGCGAGUAAAACAAAAGGGCUACGCGCGGAUAAGCACAAGUCUCGGCGACCUGAACAUCGAACUGCUUCCGGAAUUUGCGCCUAAGGCUGUGUGGAACUUUGUGAGACUGGCACAAAAGGGCUACUACCGAGGCACCGUCUUCCAUCGCAAUAUCAAGAACUUCAUGAUCCAAGGGGGAGACCCGACUGGGACAGGAAGAGGUGGGCAGAGUAUUUGGGGGAAACCUUUUAAUGAUGAGUUGGAAGGACCGAAUAUGCAUGACGCGCGAGGUGUCAUUAGUAUGGCGAAUAAGGGCAAAAAUACAAAUACCUCACAAUUCUUCAUAGCAUACCGCCAAGUACCGCACUUGAACAAGAAGCACACCAUCUUCGCGAAAGUAGUCGGUGGCCUAGACACGACACUCAAAGCCAUGGAAUCCGCAGAAGUAGGGGAGAAGGAUAGACCGAUUGAAGAUAUUGAGAUUCUGGAUAUCGUGGUUUACGUUGAUCCAUUUGAAGAGUGGCAGAAGGCGAGAGAAGAGAAGGAGGGCAAGGAAAAGGAAGAAGAAGAGGUUAGACUGCAGGGUGGGAGAGUAGGUGACCGGACGACCUGGACGGGGAAAAGAAUAAGAGCGGAUGGCACGGUAGAAGCAGAUUCAGGGGAUUCGGCCAUUGGGAAGUAUCUCAAGGCUGCGAAGAUGCAACAACCGGAUGAAGACGAGAUUAUUGGUGACUGGGAAGAAGAAGUGCCGGUAAAGAAGAAACUCAAAACAGGUGGAUUCGGGAAUUUUGAUAGCUGGUGA